AUGACGACCAAGAUGCUGAACGAUGGGACGGUGAUUCCGCUGCUGGCGUACGGAACCGCGACCGUCCAUAACAACACCGAUCCCACACCUUCCAUCCUCCUCGCUCUCCAAAAGGGCUUCCGGCACGUGGAGACCGCCAGAGUGUACGGGAACGAGUCAUUCAUCAAGUCCGCUAUCGAGCAGUGGGAAGGCGGUGGGCGAGAAGAUGUGUUCAUCCAGUCGAAUUGGGGUGAGACCUCGGCCGUAGGGUAUGAGCAUGAUCCGGAGAGGAGUUUGAUGGAGACUUUGACAUUGCUGGGGACUGAGUAUCUGGACAUGUAUCUCAUCCACGGCCCGAACCUCAUGUAUCCCCUUACUCUCGUGGAGGCCUGGCAGAAGAUGGAAGAUUUCCACGCUAGGGGCCUCGUCAGGUCGAUUGGACUGAGUAAUUUCCCAGCGGAGGAGAUCGAGGAGUUGAGCAGGGUCUGGAAGGUCAAGCCGAGCGUGAACCAGGUCGAGUACCACCCUUACUGUUACCGUCUCCCCCGAAUGCAAUCUAUGCUCGCCCUGUGCCACAGCCACGACAUCGCCGUACAGCCCUUCACGUGCCUCGCGCCGCUCACUCGGUGGCCGGGCGGUCCUGCGGAGGUUGCGGCGCGAGAGGUGGCUGAGAAGAAGGGCGCGGGCGUGUCGGCAGCACAGGUGUUGUUGGUCUGGGCGAGGCAGAUGACUGGUGGGCCUCUAUUGACGACCUGUAAGAAGGAACAUCAAUACGAAGAGAUCUUCGAUUCCCUCUCCCUCUCGCUCUCGCCAGCCGAGAUGGAACUCAUUUCCGCCGCGGGACGCUCUGCUCCACAGAAGAGACGAUACGCACUCAAAGUAUGGGGAGACGCCGCGUCGACCGGGUACGUGAGGUAG